AUGGAUGCCAAAGUCACAGCAAUGAUCAUGCUCAUUGAAGAAGAUGCAGAUUCCUUUGCAAGAAGGGCAGAAAUGUACUACAAAAAACGGCCCGAGCUCAUGAAACUGGUUGAGGAGUUCUACCGAGCGUACCAUGCCUUGGCGGAAAGGUAUGAUCACACAACGGGGCAGCUCUGCCAGGCCGAUCGAACCAUGGCAGAAUGUGAACCUCAUAGACCUGAAAUGCCACAUCGGUAUGAGCAUUGCUUGGAGAAAAUAUCUAAGCUGGAGAGUGAACUCUCUUGUGCUCAAGAGGAAAUCAGAUGCCUUAACAGUGUGGUUCUGAUCGAAACUACAAGGAAUAAGAGAUAUCAGGCUUUAAUGGAGCAAGUGGAGUCAGUAGGUUUGAACCCAAAAUGUAUUACAUCAUCCGUAAGAGAUUUGCAGGAUGAGAACACAAAGCUGAGACAGAUUUGCAAGGAGGACAGAGAUGAUAAAGAAGCUCUUUUCAAGAAAUUGGAGAACAUGGAACAACGUUUAGAUAAGAAUGUUGUUUUGGAGAGUUCACUGUCAGAUUUGAGCAGUGAGUUGAAACGGUCACAAGCAAAUGUCAAGGCAUUGCAAGAGUCUUGCCAAUCUCUACAUGGUGAAAAAUCUGCCCUUGUUUCUGAGAAAGCAGCCCUUCUGUCUCUGUCACAAAUUAUUACUGAGAAUAUGCAAAAGAUCCUGGAGAAAAACACCGUUCUUGAAAAUUCCCUCUUUGGUGCAAAUGUUGAACUUGAAGGUCUGAGGGAAAAAUCAAAGAGCUUAGAAGAACUCUGCAAGUCACUGAAUAAUGACCAGUCUAAUCUUAUUGCUGAAAGAGGUACUUUGGUUGUUCAGUUGGACAACGUUGAGCAGAGACUAGAAAACCUGGAAAUGAGAUUUGUAGUAUUGGAACAAAAAUACGCUAGCAAGGAGAAGGAGAAAGAAUCCAUGCUAUCUCAAGUGGAAGAACUAAUGGUGUCUCUAGGUGUAGAAAAACAAGAGCGGGCAAGUUUUGCAUUGUCAAGUGGGGCACGAUUGGCUUGUCUGGAAAACCAUAUCCAACUCUUGCAAGAAGAAACUAGGUGGAGGAAGAAAGAAUUCGAAGAACUUGAUAAAGCUAUGAAUGCCCAGUUCGAGAUCUUUGUUUCACAGAAGUUUAUACAAGACAUGGAACAAAAGAAUUGCACUCUAUUGAUGGAGUGUCAGAAACAUGUCGAGGCAUCCAAAUUGACGGAGAAACUGGUUUCGGAGUUAGAGAGUGAAAAUCCUGAGCAGCAGGUGGAAGCAGAACUCUUGUUAGAUGAAAUUGAAAAGCUAAGGAUGGGUAUAUAUCAUCAAGUGUUCAAGGCUCUUGAAAUUGGUCUAGAUAAUGAACUGGACGAUGAGAUUGCAAAUGAGCAAAUAUUUGUGCAUCAUGUUAAAGAGAAUAUUGAGGAUAUGAAAUGUUCUCUCUCGAAUUACGAGGGCGAUAAGCAGCAGCUGUUGGUUGAGAACUCUGUUCUUCUUACUCUGGUUGGGCAACUAAGAUUAGAAGUAGAAGACCUGAGAAGGAAAUUGGAGAUGAACAAGAAGAGAAAAAAGGCGAAGAGCAUUGAUUUUGAGACAGUGAAGGAACAGCUACAAGAAGUUGAGGAAACUACCGUGCAGCUCGUGGAGGUUUACGGUCAACUGUCACAAAAUAUCGAGCAGAGCCCAUUGCAUUUGGAUGGAAAUGCUUCACCAGAGUUGGAAGAGGCUGGGGAUGUCCAAAGAAAGAGAGUCUUGGAACAGGCACGAAAAGGGUCUGAAAAGAUCGGAUGGUUACAAUUGCAGGUUCAAAAAAUCCAUUACGUCUUGCUGAAACUAUUGGAUGAAAAGAAAAACAAUGAGAAAAGCCGAUUUUGCAGGAGCAAAACAACCACUAUCCUGAGAGACUUCAUUCACAGUGGGAGAAGUAGCCCACGACGGAAAAAGGAUGGUCUUUUUGGGUGUUUCAGACUUCCAACCAAUGGAGACGGUAACAAUAUCAGCUCGUUUAAUUAA